AUGAUGUCCUCCUCAAAUGAUUCUCAGUUCCACCCCUCAUUUUUUCUCCUGCUGGGAGUUCCAGGCCUGGAAGAUAUGCACAUUUGGAUCGGGUUUCCUUUUUGUUCUAUAUAUUUGAUUGCUCUUGUGGGAAACAUCACUAUACUCUUUGUAAUCAAGAACGAACAUAGUCUACAUCAACCAAUGUUUUACUUCUUGGCUAUGUUGGCCUGCAUUGACCUGAGUUUGUCCACAUCUACUAUUCCCAAGAUGCUAAGCAUAUUCUGGUUUAACUUAAGGGAAAUUAGUUUUGGUGGUUGUGUCACACAGAUGUUCUUUAUUCAUAUGUUCACUGCAAUGGAGACUGUAGUGUUGGUAGCCAUGGCCUUUGAUCGGUAUAUUGCCAUCUGCAACCCUCUGAGGUACAGCCUAAUUCUUACAAACAAAACUAUUGGUUUCAUCCUUAUAGUAGUGCUUGGUGUCAAUUUCAUUUUUGUUAUUCCUCUAGUGUUUCUUAUCUUGAGGCUUCCUUUUUGUGGACAUCAUAUAAUCCCCCAUACAUAUUGUGAGCACAUGGGAAUUGCUCGACUGGCCUUUGCCAAUAUAAAGGUAAACAUGAUAUUUGGAUUAAUUCUCAUAUCAAUGGUAUUUAUUGAUGUAGUUCUUAUUGCCUUCUCCUAUGUAAGGAUACUUAGGGCUGUCUUUUGCAUUCCUUCUCGGGAAGCCAGACUCAAAGCUCUUAAUACAUGCAGCUCCCAUAUCUGUGUUAUUCUAGCAUUCUUCACUCCAGCUUUUUUCUCCUUCAUGACCCACAGGUUUGGCAGGAAUAUUCCUGCAUACAUUCAUAUUCUCCUUGCCAAUCUAUAUGUUGUUGUUCCACCUGCCCUUAAUCCAGUCAUCUAUGGAGUGAGGACUAAGCAGAUUCGGGAGAGGGUGUUAAGCCUGUUUUUGAAAAAACACUGA